AAACGCAUUAUUCAGUUUAGACUGUUGACCAAACACAGGCGAAGCUAAGGAUGUGCGACAGAAACAUGGACUUCGUUCCAAAGAGAAACCAAUACGAAAGGUUAGAUCUCAACUUCGAGGAAGAGAACACAAGAUUGUUCCUCUCGCUCCUCGAAAAACAGCGCAAAGAAGAGUUGCCUCUGUCCAUUUGCAAACAGAUCAACGAUUCCAUAAACAUUACCCUGCAUCCGGAUUGCGAUGCCGCCGAUGAGUUUCGGGAGGCCGUAGACAUCAUCGAGAAUGAAAACUUCAACGUCGCCUUCGUCGGUCCCUUUUAUGGUGACGAAAAUCUAACAGACAUUGGGCGUUGGUUUUUGUCGGUGCUGCGAACGGAGGAAAAACUUCCUGCUCUGAUCCACAGUGAAAUAGACUGGAUCCUCCUCAACGCGGCGGAAGAUUUCCUCCACAAUGCCUGGCUGAAAAUCGACAGCAAAGAAAAAGCCUCCGAAAUGAUUCGCUUGUUUCCCACCCUUCUCCCAAACUUCGAAAACAAUAUCAACGCGGGCGAUCACCCGAUCAUUCUACAAUCGCGCUGUGACGAAAGCAUCUCUCACACAAUAAAGCGUAUGUCACUAAUUCCCUUCACGGCGAAGCUCGGAUUCAAGCUGAACCAGUUCGAGAAAUGGGAGCGCGGAGGGGUGCUUGCCGAACCCGAAGACGGAGGGAACAACGUUUUACAGAACUUGUGCUCGUCGUUUGAUAACAAGUUCGCUGGGUGCUCACCUGAAAAGGACCAAACCCUUGUCGAAGAGACCGCUCUUGGGGUAAUGAAAACAUUACGCCGAAUGAAGUUGUUCAAGAAAGGCGAUAUCCAACGAUACAAUCUCGUUCAGAAACUCUUCUUUGACGAAUCACGCUCCUGGCCUUCUGAGAGCAAAACAGAGGACCAUGUUAUAUCGGAAAAGCGAUUUCGCUUCCUUACGGACUGGGAUCCAGAAGCGCUGACAGCACCAUUCCGGGACGAUGACAAAGACAACGAGGGACUUCUACCGAUUCACCACUCUACUGACUAUGGAUCGAUUGAUAAUUUUCUUCUGUACUUGAAGGCCGGAAUACGUCAUUUCCCAAACAAACUCGGUUUCGUUUUCUCCAAACGAGUCCACACGAAAACAGUUCCCAAGCAAAAAGACAACGAGUCAACAGCAUCCGCAGGAGUCCAGAACGAGUCAAGGUAUAUCAACACUUAUCAAAUACCCUACUUCAAAGCCUGCGAAAAGUUCGGAGAAGAAAAUGUGGAACGAGAAGUAAUCGAUAAAGUGCUAGCAGAUUGUCCCGAAACCCAAGACCCCAAGAAGCUACUACUGCUGGGAGCCGAAGAAGACGUUGACCUGAGUGGACUGUAUCUUCUCUUGCGCAGAGAUCCCGCACACUGGUCUACCGUGGUGUCGAAAAAGGGCAGCAGCAGCAACACCAAAAGUUCCAAACGCGAUAUGGCGAUAAACGAGAGCGUCGACAGAAAGCGAAGAAAGAUGGAAUGCUGAGGACCGCUUGGACGGAGAAUCAUUUCCCAAAACACAAUUUAGACAAACUGUAGAAUUAAAUGUACUAAAAAUAUACGAUAGAAAUACCC